UCGAACCAACGCACCAAAUGUAAAAUGCAUAAAACAAUCCAAAUCGUGGUGAAAAUGUUACAGUAGUGGGGGUCGUGAUCUCAGGUUAUAUAGCGGCAACAUUCGGUGGUAAAGCGCUUCUCCGACAUCGCUUUGACUUUCUACAACACAAAAUUCCGACGCUGGCACGCGCUAUUCUGUUCCCCGACAUGACCCUAUAGCACGUGAAUUAUUUAACGCGUGUGACUUGUGGCAAUCGCAAAAAGAUACUCUCCAGUGCAGUGCUUGACUUCGCCCGACAUGACUUCCAGUGUCAAACAGACCGUUAUCAAAAAUCCAACAUGGUGGAAGCGGCGGACGAGUAUGGAGCGGUGCUUGACGCUAAUUACGGCGAUCAGCAUCCUCAUUGGAAUCUCAUUGAUCGUAGCUCUUGCCACAGUAUUAUACAACAGAAAUCAGGAAGUCAACAGCACCCCCUUCACAGCGCAGGCCCUCCAUAGCUCCAACAACCCCGUGCUCAUCAACUCCUACCCUGUUGACUCCAAGCAGGAGGUAUGUUUGUCCCCUGGAUGUAUUCACACCGCAUCGACGGUGCUCAAGUACAUGGACACGACGGUCGACCCGUGCGACGACUUUUAUCAAUUCACUUGUGGCAACUUCCUCAAGACGACUAACAUCCCGGACGACAAGUCCUCGGUUACCUCCUUCAGCAUCAUCAGCGACACUCUCCAAGAGCAGCUCCGGACCAUGAUCGAAGAACCAGUCCAACCGACGGAGCCUAAACCGUUCCAGUUGACGAAGAAAUUAUACAGAGCUUGCAUGAACAAAACUCUGAUUGAGAAAGACGGUCUGAAGACGAUCAGAUCGAUUUUGAGAGAGUUGGGCGGUUGGCCGGUUUUGGAAGGCGGCGACUGGAACGCUGGGGAGUUCGAUUGGAGACGGUCCGUGUACAAAUUCAGGAAAGUCGGUUACAGUGUUGAUUAUUUCAUUGAUUUUUCUGUUGGUAUCGACUUGAAGAACUCGACGAGACGAAUCAUAGACUUAGAUCAAGCUUCUUUGGGCUUGCGGCGAGAGUUCUUGACCAAGGGACUGUCAGAUAAAUUGGUCAAUGCAUACUACGAGUACAUGGUGGAUGUGGCGGUACUAUUCGGGGCCGAUAAGGAAAGAGCCGCUGAGGAACUCAAGGAGUCACUUUUGUUUGAAAUCAAGCUAGCCAAUAUUUCCUUGCCGAGCGAAAAACGACGUAACGCCACAGCACUGUACAACCCCAUGAACGUAGAUGAACUCCAACGCAAAUUUCCGAGUAUUCCGUGGAUAGAGUACAUGAACACGUUACUAGCCCCAGACACUAAGAUCAACCACGAUGAGGUCGUCGUGGUCAGCGUACCUCAGUACCUCCACGACUUUGAGGCUUUGAUCAGUAGAACACCUAAAAGAGUACAGGCAAAUUACAUCAUGUGGAGAGCCGCAGCUUCCUCAGUCUCCUACCUGAACGAAGACCUCCGGAAGCGUCAGCUCGAGUACACUACCGUCGUCACCGGUCGUACCGAACGCGAAGCCCGAUGGAAAGAAUGUAUCGACAUCUCCGCCGGAAGUUUAUCUAUAGCCGCCGGUGCUCUCUACGUCCGCAAGUACUUCAACGAGGAAGCGCGGCAAAACGCUUUGGAGAUGGUUGCCGAUAUCCGAACAGAGUUCCAAGACAUCCUCAAACAAGUAGAUUGGAUGGACGACGACACCAAGAAGAACGCUUUGGACAAAGCCAAGUCCAUGUCCACGCACAUCGCGUACCCUGAUGAACUCAUGGACGAUAAGAAACUUGAAGAGUUCUAUGGUGACCUCGAACUGGACGAAAACUACUACCUGAGAUCGAUCCUGAAUCUGACAUUGUUCGGAACGAGGUUCUCUUUCAAACGGUUGAGACAACCCGUAAAUAAAACUGACUGGAUCACCCAUGGAAGACCUGCGGUGGUUAACGCGUUCUACUCGGCUUUGGAAAAUAGCAUUCAGUUCCCGGCCGGUAUUCUGCAAGGAGUUUUCUUCGACGCAAACCGUCCCCGCUACAUGAACUACGGCGCUAUCGGUUUCGUCAUCGGCCACGAAAUCACGCACGGUUUCGACGAUCAAGGAAGACAGUUCGAUAAGAACGGUAACCUGGUGGAAUGGUGGGCACCGGAAACGAAAAAAGCUUACUUAGAAAAGGCUCAGUGUAUUAUCGACCAGUACGGUAACUACACGGUCCCCGAAUUGGGCAUCAACUUGAAUGGCAUUAACACGCAGGGAGAGAACAUUGCAGACAAUGGUGGUAUUAAGGAGGCAUAUUUAGCUUAUAGUAAGUGGGUGCAGCGAAACGGUGAAGAAGCACGAUUGCCCGGUGUUAAGUUCACGGGGCGGCAGUUGUUUUGGGUGUCUGCUGCUAGCAUUUGGUGCUCAAAGACACGUGAAGAAGAGUUGGAGCAGUUGGUCAUUACCGACGAACAUGCUCCCGACAAGUACAGAGUGCUAGUACCACUGACUAACAUGGAGUACUUCGCGAAAGAUUUUAACUGCCCGAUAGGGUCCAAAAUGAAUCCAAAGCGCAAAUGCCAAGUGUGGUAGCUUUAAUUUAUUGUUGUUUUUUUUCUGACUGAUUUCACACUUAAUGUAAGAAACUUGUAAGAUCGCGAAGUGGAUGAGAUCUAGAUUUUGGACUUGCGGCACUAACACUUUAAUUUUUAACACACUUUGAGAAUGGGUGCAUUUUAAGCAUGCGUGACAUGACGGAAAAGGUCUGUUUUAAAACGGGUCGAGAGUUAAGUCGAAACUGCACAAAUUAUUUGUGAUUACUCGUAGUAUUUAAUUCGGACGAAUUUUAUUAGUUGUACAUAGAUCAAUUGUGAUUGUUUAAAUAAAUUUUAUAUUUGGUACCUAA